CUGGGCCAUUGCACCAUACUCUACCCCUGGACUGUUCGAUCGUGCAUGUCCGCGUCGCGAAAGAAAAAACAUUGUUUUGGAGUCGUGUACGGUGAGAGUCAUUACGUGGAUCCGCCGCAAGAAUGACGUCCCGCCUUGAGAAAGAACGUGCCAAACAAAUCCAAGACAAAUGUCAAAACCUCUUAAAUCAAAUGUUAAGAGACGAAGACAACAAGUACUGUGUUGACUGCGAUGCGAAAGGGCCAAGAUGGGCUAGUUGGAAUUUAGGUAUAUUCUUAUGUAUUCGUUGUGCUGGGAUACAUAGAAAUCUUGGUGUUCAUAUAAGCAAAGUUAAAUCUGUUAAUUUGGAUACAUGGACACCAGAGCAAGUUGUGAGUCUACAACAAAUGGGAAAUUCUCGAGCGCGUGCAGUCUACGAAGCUAAUCUUCCAGAUAGUUUCCGAAGACCUCAAACUGAUUGUAGUUUAGAAAGUUUUAUACGCGCGAAAUAUGAACAUAAAAAAUACAUUGCAAGAGAAUGGGUACCACCUGCUUUGCCAAAGGUAAAUUGGGAUAAGGAACUUGAGGAAGAAGCUGAAAAACAACGUAGACGAAAAAAAGAAGUAUCAAAAUCUAGCACCAAUCAGGCUGUACUUCCACCUGUAAAAAAACCUGAAGUAGUGCCACAGCUGCCAAAACCAUUAAGUUCUGUCAGUCCUAAGUUAGGAAGAACAAGUAACGCUGCAACAUUAGAUUUGUUAGGCCUUGAUGCUCCAACUACCAAUCAACCAAGUGCAAAUGGAUCUGGAGAUGAUAUCUUUUCUUCAUUUUUAUCUGCACCACCAACAUCAGCACCCACAACUGAUGGUAAUACUACAAAUGAAGCAACAACAAGUAAAAGUGAGGAAGAAAACUUCUUUGAUCAGCCAGUUCCAUUAUCUCAAGAAAAAAGUAAAAUGACUAAAGACAGUAUUUUAGCUUUGUAUGGUACACCAAGCCCUCAACAACAACAAAUUUUUAGAGUUUCUGGUAGUAUGUUCAAUCAACAAUCUUUACAAUAUAAGCAACAAGUUCCCGGUGUAGUUGCCUAUGGUCAACAAAGCAGUUUUCAAAAUCCACAAAGUUCCUUCAAUCAAUUAAAUCACAUGCCAACUCAAAUGACUGUUACAAGUCAAGUACCAAUCAAUCAAAAUCAAAUUACUCAAAAUCCUACUUCUAUAGGAGGAGUAGUAACUAAUCCUUUAGGAAGUUGUUUACAUAUGAGUCAAAUGAAUCAAAUAAAUGGUGUACCAAAUACUGGUGUUGCAAUGCAAUCUCAAAUGAUGAUGCAAUUAGGACAAACUAAUAAUGGAUGGAGUGGUGGAAUGUUGACACAAAAUAUUCAACCAGCGCCUGGAAGUAACCCAUUUUUUAAUUUAGCAACUCAACAACAGCAAUCUACUACAGCUUUUGUUACUCAGUUGCCGCAACAAAUGUCACAGAUGUCUUUAAGUGGAAUGAAUUUCUCAACUACUGCAGGAAAAUCAAAUAAUACUGCAUUACCUGGACAAACUCUUUCUACUAACUUAUGGCAGUAAAAAUUAUGGUGGCUAUGAUUAGUUGAUUGACUAUUUCAUUCAGUGUUAUAUAUUAGUGUCAACUAUUUAUUACUCAACAAAUUAUAUUUCCAUACUAGAGAUGGGAAAUUUUGUUGGGAAAUAAUUGAAUGAAGGCACGAACAAGAAACACUAUUCGAGUAUUAAAUAAUGUGAAAAACAAUCCCUGUAUGAAAGAAGUACUGCGAAUCACUAUAUUUUUCUUCAGGAGCAUUAUCAACUUCUAGUAUUGUUGAAAGUACAGGAGAUAAAAAUAAAGGUGAACGUUAGACUGAUUGUGAAGAGUUAUUCAUACUGUUUAAAACACAUGUAUGUAACUAAGCAAUUACAUUGUAAAAUUGAGAAUUUUAAUAAUUGGAACUUAGUUUUUAUGCUUCGGGGUCCACUCUUGAUAUAAAAAGACAUGCAUACAUGCAAAUAAGUACAAGUAUUUGCAGUACAAUAAAUGUACUAUAAGAUGUAAUUUAUGUCAGAUAUGACUUAAAACCAUUUUUCGCAACAUUUCUUUAAAUGCUGAUUUUUCAUUGAAAUAAAUAAUGCAUUUAUUAUACAUCGAAAUACUUGAAACAAAAUAAUUAUUGCCUAAAUAUUUAUAACUAUAUGAUCAGAUUAUAAUUUUUUAAAUUCUUUUUAUGUGUGCAGAAUGCAAAGUUGCAAAUGUAAUUAUAUCCAAUGUAUUGUAUAAAUUUUCAUCUUUUUUUUUUUUAUAUUAUACAAUUAAAUUUCAUUUUGUUAACAUUUCAUGGUUCACCAGAGUAAUAAAAGAUACGCAACCAAAUUGUAAAUUAUAAUGAGAAAUUAGAAAUUAUUAUUAUUGAUAUUUAAAAUGCAGAAUAGCAAUGUCUAUGAAAAAGGAUAUAUUGUGUAUAAAUUGCUUCUUUCUAAAAAAUUGUUCUCUUAUUAUAAUACACAUAACAAAUAUAAUGCAUAUAUUAUUUUCAAAUGAAGUCAAACAUUUUCAUAGAUAUUAUUACAGAUUAGUGAAAGUAAUUAUUUAUACAGAGACAAUGCCAUAUAUUCCUGGAAGUAAGUCAUUUUAAACUUAUUUUUGCAAAAUAAAAAGAAAUGUUAUAUUAAUACUUGACAAUAAGUCACAUGAAUAAUAUUCAUUAUAUUCAUAUUUUCAUAUACGUUUAAUUAAUUAUAUAUGUAUAAAUAUAAAAAAUUAAUUCAUAUUAUAUGAAACUAAAUUUAUUGUAUGUAAUGUUCUAAUAAUAGAUCUGAAUAAUAGUUGUUUCUGUAAAUUACUCUUCUUGAGAAGUUAUUCAUUUUUAAGAGAAAAUAAUUUGAAAUAUAAUGUAAUUUAAAUAUAGAUGAUUAAAAAAAAUUAUGCUAUAACAAAGGAAAAGUUACUAAAAUGUAAAUAUAUUUCAAUCCAGAACUAAAUACAUUAAUGAUACUAACUUUUAUAAACAUAUUUAAUUAAGUUAAAAUUUAUUAUUCGAAAAAGAAUUUAAAUAAUAUUUUAGAAUAUUUUAGAAUGUAAAUAAUAUUUAUAUUUAAAUAAUAUUUAUUAAUCCAAUGUAUUUCACUUAAAUGCAAUAAAAAAUGACUACUAAAGUUCAUUAUUAACCAAUCAGAAUUCUUUAUAGUCUCCAUGUAUUAUCAUUGGUUGCAAUCGCUUCAUAAGAACGAAACUUUAGAUUUUUAACGGAAACUUCCAUCUUAGUUACUUAAUCGAAAAGCAGAAACGGUUCUUCCUCUUUCGUAAAGCGUCUUUACGUAGACCCGUCGAAGCCACGUGAAAGAAACAUGGAUAAACCUGUAGUAUUGGCACGUGUUAUCAAAGUAUUGGGGCGCACUGGUUCGCAAGGACAAUGUACACAAGUAAAA